GUUCGUUUGUUCGAUCAAGGAACACCAUAGAAACCCAAUCUCAUGUCAUCAGCUACUCAGAAUGUAUCUCUUGGUGUACAAAAUUGGCACUUGGCACGAGCUAAGUGCUUCCGUAAUAAAGCGUUUCGCGUUUGCUAACUAGCAAAACCCUUUUAGCUGCUGCAGCUACCAGUGGGAGAUCUUAAUUACACGGACCGCGCUUGUGUACGUUACACCCAUGAUGGGGUUAAAAUUAUCGCGCCAUUAUCCCAUCGUGCAUCAGUUCGAUGAGGACAGCAUCGAGGAGAAGAAUCCCUAUUACAUGGUCUUUGCCACGGGGAUCCAAGGAUGGCGACCAACAAUGGAAGAUGCACACAUCGUUCAACUGGGCGCAGUCGGUGAUGAUCAGCAGUCAGCCUUUUUCGCGCUCUUUGACGGCCAUGGAGGUCCCGACAUCGCACAGUUUGCCGCUGCCAACAUUCAAGCACGCGUACUCCAGCAUCCAAAGCUAUGUAGGUACUGUCGCAGCGUGAGCAACUGGCAAGAACGUGAACUCAAUGAAAUAGUGAUCGUCGGUCAACAAAGACGCUACCCGGCACGAAGGCUAAUGCUGUAUGAGAACACAUGCUAUGCUCUGCGCCAUGCUUUACUGGAGAUCGAUAAAGAAGCUUACGCUUUGGGAAACGACAGUGAAAACCCGGAAAAAUACCACUUGAUCGGAUGCACGGCCGUGGUGACGCUGAUCAAGGAUAAAAAGCUGUACUGCGCUAACAUUGCUGAUUCGCGCGCCAUCGCCAGCGUUAGCGGUCACGCUAUCCAGCUGUCCAUCGAACACAAACCCACCGAUCCGGUGGAGUACGAGCGCGUUAUAAACCACAAGGGAAACAUGAAGGGGUACGUUGAGAAUGGCCGCAUUAAUGGGAACCUGGCAGUGCCGCGCGCCAUCGGCGAUUUCUAUUACAAGAACAACAUGGAGGGUCCGCCAUAUGACCGAAUUGUGUGCGCAUGGGCGGAUAUUACGGUGCGGACGCUGACGGAUGAUUGGGAAUUUCUGGUGAUGGCGUGCGACGGGAUAUGGGAUGUAAUGACCAAUGCGGAAGUGGUGGAGUUCGUCCGCAACCGGUUUGCGCAGCACUUGGAGCCGCGACGAAUUGCACAGGAUUUGCUGUACACGUGCUUGGCUCCGGACACAUCGAUGGGCGGACUGGGUGCAGAUAACAUGACUAUUGAGAUUAUUGCACUCUUGAACGGGAGGAGUUUCGAUGAAUUUUGCGAGAAGUGCGCCACGGAGCCAGCAGAGAAUUGCCCGCCACAAAUGCAGUUCUACGAUGAAUCCUUCGCCAAUAGAAUCGGGAUGAAUCUCAAAUACUAAAGAACUGUACAAAAGCAGUGUUCAAUUUGCCGAACUGAGGCUGACGGCCUUUUCGAGCCCAUGCUAAACUCAGAAAACGCGUGCAGAAUCUUUGAAAUCAACAUCCUGCAGGGUGCAUGCAUUUUAUAAAUUCUUGCUUUCAACCGAAACAAUAUGGGUUUUGUGUGUUGAUGUUGCAUGAUCUUUAUUAUUAUCUGGGCUAAUCUUUUUAUUGUUAGCAUUUUACUGGAAUGAUCAUUUUGUUGUUAACAUUUACCGGAAACAUCGAUAGUUCAAGAAAGAAUGGAAUUAAUGUGCUACUCGUUCUCGUAAAAUAAUGUUG